CAAACUCCCAUAAUCCCUCUGAUGAUCUCUCUCUCUAUCUCUCUCAUACAGCAGCUGUUGUACUAGACAUGAGGAGCAGGAAGGGUUAUGGGCAGCAGGGCCACCUGCUAAGCCCGGUGGGAAGCCCGCCGUCGGACAACGAGUCCGGCGCCGCGGCGGCGGCCGGGUGCGGAAGCAGCGCGGGGUACGGCGGUGGCGACUCGCCGGCCAAGGAGCAGGACCGGUUCCUGCCGAUCGCGAACGUGUCACGCAUCAUGAAGCGGUCGCUGCCGGCCAACGCCAAGAUCUCCAAGGAGGCCAAAGAAACGGUGCAGGAGUGCGUCUCCGAGUUCAUCAGCUUCGUCACCGGCGAGGCCUCAGACAAGUGCCAGCGCGAGAAGCGCAAGACCAUCAACGGCGACGACCUGCUCUGGGCCAUGACAACGCUGGGCUUCGAGGCCUACGUCGGCCCGCUCAAGUCGUACCUCAACCGCUACCGCGAGGCCGAGGGCGAGAAGGCUGCCGUCCUCGGCGCCGGCGCGCACCACGGUGACGGCGCCGCUGACGACAUCGCGCACGGUGGCGGUCCGCUCCCUGCAGGUACCCUCGCGCCGCCCGGGGCCGGUGACCGCGCUGGCCACGACGGCGGCAGCGACGUCGGUGGCCACGACGCGCACGUCGGGCUCAUGAUGGGGGUCAGCGUGGGGUUCAGCGCGGGGGGAGGGACGUCGUACUACGCGGCGACGGCAGGGAAGCCGUACGGCGUGGACGGGUCGAAGGUGGUGAAUUUCGAUGGCAUCUGCGACGAGGAGGAGAACGGCGGCGUGCAGAGGGGGUUCGGCGGCCACCUCCACGGCGCCGUGCAAUGGUGAAGGACGUAGCUAGGUGUAGGCCGGGGACAGAUGCAUGGUGCUGCUGCACCUGUGCAAUGCUUCGUAAUUAAUUUGCGUACUAAUUAAUCGUUGUUGCUGUUGUUGAUCAGCAGUAAUAUUUUGAUUCUGCUUUUCCAUCAAAUGUUUAAUGAGUUAAUUUGAAUUUAAACUCAAUAUAUUUCUCUUUAUCGCCUCGACGAAAGAUAGCUGUUCGACGAGGUAAAUUGCUUUGGAGAGUGGUAUGUCCUGAUGUCCUUAAUA